AUGUAUACAGUAAUGUAUAUCCCAGCUCCCCUGUACUCCAUUAUAGUGAUAUAACAUGUAUACAGUAAUUACUUACUCCUUGAGUCCCCCACGGCGGUGGAAAGGGGGGUCUCCUCUCAGCGGAGGAGAGCGGGCCUCUCCUGCACCUGUCCCCUCAGCGGCGGUGCCAAAGAAGCCGAAAACCGGAACUCGGAAACCGCAACUCGGCUUCACAAUGAGGCUUGGAGUACAGCCGCUCCAUCAUCUGUGCUCACCGCUAGAGAAUUUCUCCUCGCAUUUGGCGAGCGGGCGAGCGGCUUUUUCAAGCCCU